AGACGCAUCCGGGCCGCAAAUCAGUUGAGACACUUAUAUCGGGUGAAUUAGAUAGCAGACGUUAUAUAUAGAAUGCAGUGGAUAUUCGCUCUCGUUCUAUGCUUUUGGGCAUCUGGAAUCGCCGAGACACGUCAGAUACGAAUCAAUCGUUAUGCGGCCAGCGUUCAGGAGGAUGACGUACAGCAGGCAGAUGUUAAAGAGCUGAAGCCGACGCCGUAUCCGGCUGCUGGCUAUCGACCAGAGGGACGCGCCUUCUGGCUGCCGGGUGAGGUAGACGCGACCAGUGAAGGUUCAGGAGCUGGUGGCGAUGAAGCGACGACAACAACAACUGAAUUGCCUUUGGAUGAAGCCACAAUAAGCACAACAGAGUCACUUGACUGGAGCACAACCACCGUGCUGACAACCACAGUGGAUAAUCUGGAAGUUGCCACAGCAGCAACAACAACAGCAGCUCCGUCGCAGUUUGAGUUGCGCUCUGGACGCGCCUAUGCUAAGGCACCGUAUCCAGCAGCCGGCUAUCGACCAAGUCGCGCAUUUCUGCUGCCCACAGAGCAACAACAACAACAGCAGCAGCAGCAGCAACAAGUUGAUGCAGCUCCAGUUGCAUCUGAGGAUAAUGCCAAUCAUCCAGUUUGCGGUGUCAGCACGAAUCCAUUGAUGCCUACACCGGAGCCGGGCUCCAAGGACGAACCCGAUGCUGAGAGUGUCGUUAUCACCGGCAAUCUGGGACCAGCUGUCCUCGUUGCCAGUGCCCCAAUCCCAGUCCCAGCACCAGUAUCAGCUAAUGGCAUUCCGGUGGCGAUUCCGCUACGCUCUCAGCCUCUAAUGCAGGCGCCACGUCGUGGAUUCGCCUACACAACGCAUGUGGAGCAGCGUUGGUAGAGCAAUAAGUCAAUCCUAUUAUACUGUUAACUUUUGAGUAAUUGUAAUUCCCCUUUAUCUAUAUUAAAGUCGUUUGUUUUCCUUGUUAUCGAACUAUUUCAGAAUAAUGCACACAUCAUUUAGAAAUUGGUUCAGAAAUAUAUGUAAUAUAUUGAAAUUUCGCUGCCAAGCCUUGUGAUUAUCUGAUUUUGAUUAUCUUGAUUAUCUUAGAUUUAAGAGGAUAGUGUCUCCAGCGAAUGUUUGCA